AUGUCCUUCGGUCUUUUGAAAGGAAAAGUCGUCGCUGUCACUGGGUGCUCAACAGGGAUUGGCAGGGCCAUAGCUAUAGGUGCUGCGAGGAACGGGGCCAAUGUAAUCCUCCAUCAUCUGGGCGAUUCUACUAGAAAAGAUAUAGAAGGAGUGGAAGCGGAAUGCUCAAGACUCGGUGCAAAAACAGUUAUAGUACCUGGAGAUAUUGCGGAACCCUCUACUGCAUCUGCUAUCGUUGAAGCAGGUGUGGCCUCGUUCUCCCGUAUUGAUGUCCUUGUUUCAAAUGCCGGUAUCUGCCCCUUCCAUAAAUUCCUAGACCUCCCUCAUUCUUUAUGGAAGCGGGUCCAGGACGUCAACUUGAACGGUGCUUUCUACGUUGUCCAAGCUGUGGCCAACCAAAUGGCGGUACAAGAACCCAAGGGUGGAUCUAUCGUAGCUAUCAGCAGUAUUUCUGCAUUGAUGGGAGGAGGAGAACAGUGUCACUAUACACCGACUAAAGCGGGUAUCAAGAGUCUCAUGGAAAGUUGUGCGAUUGCUCUUGGACCGAUGGGUAUUAGGUGUAAUUCGGUUCUUCCUGGCACUAUUGAAACGGAUAUCAACCGCGAGGAUCUUGCAAAUCCCGAGAAACGUGCCGAUCAGGUCAGACGUGCGCCUCUUGGCCGACUUGGUGAGCCAGAAGAUCUAGUAGGACCUGUACUCUUCUUUGGUAGUGAUUUGAGCAAGUACUGUACUGGUGCUAGCGUUCUGGUCGACGGUGGAAUGGCCAUCUCCCUUCAAUAG